GAUAAUGUGAUAGUGAUUAAGUGCUAUCUGCCAGGAGUGGCCGCUUUCCAUACCGCCCCUUUGGGGGCGGCAGGAGAGGAAGAAAAGGCAGAGCUUUGCUCUGCCGUCAAGUGAAGCGUCUCUGCAGCUGCUGCUGCUGCCGCAGCCGCCUCCGCCUCAUCCUCCCUCUCCGAGACAGAAUAUGAUAGUCCGAAAUGAAUCCUGUGGUGCAGAGCAGAUGCCCAUGUCUUACUUGACUUGCCUGCUUUACAUACUGGAAGGAUGGACUGGAGUAGAACACUUGGACGAAUAUCUGAGUUACCUGGCCUACCUCACAUGGCUCUUUGCACCAUUGCUUGUAGCCUUUUUACUUCCUGCAAUCAUCCUCAUUCUUGUAUAUGUCAGCAUUUUUAUUCUUCAUAUUUACAAGUUACGGACACACCUAAAAGAGGUUUAUGCAAAUGAUUUUUGGGAUGGUGCAAGACUAACAGUGACAACUAUGUGGUAUGUUCAUGCAAGAAUAUGGAAUGGCUAUGAGUUGCAUGGCCUAGAAAAAAUACCUGAUGGACCAGCCCUAUUUGUUUUUUAUCACGGAGCAACACCUUUAGACUUUUUCUACUUCGUGUCUGCUGUUCUUGCUAAGAAGAAAAAAUUCAUCCAUGUAGUUGCUGAUCACUUUGUCUUUUCAUUACCAGGUUUCAAAAUCUUAGUUGAUGUGUUUAGUGCUUUGCCUGGAUCACAGGAGGAAUGUACAAAAGCAUUAAAGAACGGACGCACAUUGGCCAUUUCACCAGGAGGAGUUCGGGAAGCCCUGUUUAGUAAUGAAUGCUACACCAUGCUAUGGGGAAAUCGUAAAGGAUUUGCUCAAGUGGCUAUUGAUGCAAAAGUGCCCAUCAUUCCCUUUUUCACACAAAAUAUUCGGGAAAGCGUUCGAACACUUGGUGGAUUAAAACCACUUAGAUGGGUGUAUGAGAACACUCGCUUGCCACUAGUCCCAUUGUAUGGAAACUUCCCUGUCAAACUACGCACAUAUGUUGGAGAUCCUAUUCCAUAUGACCCAAAUGUAACUGCUGCAGAACUGGCAGAAAAAGCAAAAAAUGCGGUACAAUGUUUAAUAGACAAACAUCAGAAAAUACCAGGAAAUGUAUUUAGAGCAUUGAUGGAACGAUUUGAAACACACAGAAAAGAAGACUAGUGUAUUUUUUGGUCCACAAAUAGUUGUAAAAUAUUUUUAAAUAAUGUUUAUGAUGUGAUGUAAUAUUUGAGAAGAAUGCUAUUGUAUUUUACUUUCUUUACAAUUGUACAGUUUUACAGAAAAACAAAUUAUUUCCCCAAAAUAUCCUUGUUAAAUCUGGGACUUGGGGAUCUUACCCUUUAGGUACCAACAAAACAAUUUGAUAUAUUUUUAAAAGCACAGUUGUACCUUGGAAUAAGUUAUAAAAUGACUUUUUUGGUUUAUUGCAAAUAUAUGGCAUUUCCAUACAAAUUUUAUUUAAACGGAAGGUAACAUUUUGAUGUAUUUGAACAUUGCAGCUGUGUCCAUUUCAUGUCUCAUGUGGUGUAACAGAGAUUCUCCAAUCAUGAUAAAAGUCCUGAAUUAUAUUUAUUAACAUUUGUGAAAUGAAGAUGAUGCUGUCAAACUAAAACUGCAGUAAUACGCAUGGGUACCUGGGAGUUAAUCUCACUGAACUCAAUGGAGGCUGGCUUCUGAGUAUACAUGCAUAGGAUUGCAGUGUAAGAGUGCUUCGAAAAGGCUCUGUGGAUGCUAUAAUUUUACCAUGUGUAAGGAACUUUUAACUUGCAUUACCUUCAUUUGAAAUCCCUGGAAAUGCAAAUUCCAUCACAAUUUGCUGUGCUGCAAAAGUGUUUACCGGUAUUUGGAAUUCCAUGAACUUGCAUUGCUGAGUUUUGCCUCUUUGUAGAGGGAGAGUAUUCCCUCUAAUACAUCCCCUCAAAGGGUUAAGUUUUCUUUUUCCCCAUCUUUGGUGGUGGUUGAAGGUUUAGAAUUUCCAUAGACACUCUAUAAUAAGGAAAGCAAGCAGGAUUAAUAGUAUACAAUUGCACAGUUCUUUAGCCCAAAAGAGCAGUAGUUGGAUAGCCAUAUGCAUCAGAAAAAUUCCAAAACAUGUUGAGUUAUAGCACUUUAGAAGGAUAUGAAUGCACUGAAAAUUGCGUGGAACAAUGCUGUGCCAGGUGGAAACUUUGCUAAUUCACAUAGCAGCCAGUUAUCUCUCCCCAUAUAUUAUGAAAACUAAGUGGUGGGGGUAUAGAUACUGCUCCAUUUGCAAUGGCAACAUUGAAGCCACUGAGAGUUGUUUGGGAGACUGGCUCCACUAGCCAUAACAUUUAUUUAUUUAUUUCAAAAAAAAUUAUGCACUGCUUCCGGGUUAAAAACACGCAGUUGGAAGCUGUUUACAAAAAAAAUUAAAACAAGCAAA